UGACCGACCUGUCAGAAACGCAAUGAGGAUCGGCUGAGUUUAGCAUAAUCGAGUCUCUCUACGACUUUUGGGGCUUAUAUUUCACUAACGUGGACAACAGUUUGCCAACAGUUACUAAGCUGAGCGGGUUGCCGGUUGGCAUGGCGAAUGUCCCCAGCAAGAGCAAUCACACCGGGAAGGAUGGCCAGGUGUGGGAGAGACUCUGGACCUUGGAAGAGAUGCGACAGACCAGCGCCAACUGGUCCCUGGCUGCAGACUCAGGACUCUUCCUGUUCCUGCAAGACUUCUCCCAGAGGAUGCUGUCAAAGACUCAUGCGAUAGAGAAGCAGCUGGAUGGACUGAUCAGAGACACCAAGGCCACAGACUGCUGCAUGCACACCGUCUUCAACGACUUCCUCAUGCUCUCCAACACACAAUUCAUUGAAAACAGAGUGUAUGAUGAGGAGGUGGAGGAGGCGGUGCCAAAGCCUGAUGCUUUGGAGAGACCGCCUGAGCAGAAGACUCGUGAGCAGAAGGAAGCCCAGCUGAUUCCUAAGGUCCAGGAAGCAGUGAACUACGGUCUGAUGGUGCUGGACUCUGCCUUUGAGCAGCUAGACAUCAAGGCAGUAAACUCUGACUCAGAGGACGAGGAGGCCACAGACAGAGUGGAGCCCAUACUGGAGCCCAAGGACCUGUAUGUGGACAGGCCUUUACCAUAUCUGAUUGGCUCUCAGCUCUUUAUGGGGCAAGAAGACGUUGGACUGGGCGACCUCUCCAGUGAAGAAAUGUCAGUCGACAGCGAUCGCGACACCGUCAUUGUGAGCGAAGAUGGCAAAGAUGCUAACAAGUCGUCUAUGUUGAGUGAUGAUGAGGACGAGGAGGGAGAUUCAGACCUAUUUGGAGAAUCGGACGAAGAUGAUGAUGAUGAUGACAGAAAGAACCCAAGACCAUCAUCCUUUGCUGAUGAGCUGGCCGCCAGAAUCAAAGGGGAACCUAUCAGCAAGACUGAGGGAGAUCGCACAUCAUUGUCGUCUGCCUCUAAGAAGAACAGUAAAGCAAAGAAAGAGCCCAAGGCUGAAAGGCCACCGGCUAUUGAAGAUGACAGCGAGGAGUUAUUCGGGCCGCCCAAGAUGGAGGACGAGGACUUUUCUCCCUUUGGAGGAAAAGGAAGCCUCUUCAGUGGAGGGAGAGGACUGUUUGAUGAUGAAGGGGAUCUGUUCUCUGAUCCACCUAAACAGCCUGUAGCAGAGGAGAAGACCACAGAACCUGUCAAGCCUGCUAAGAAGAUUCCUUCAGGGGCUGUGCCAAUUUUCCCAGAGAACAGCCUGUUUGGCACUCCUAAUGACUCUGAUUCAGUGGAGGGUAGAGAGAAUGGCAGUCCAGCCAAACCCAGCAAGACCCAGACAUCAGCCCCUAGAAAGACCGCUUUAGGGGGGCUGUUCGACGAUGAGGAGGAUGACUUCUUCACCGGCAAAAGCCUUAAUAAAUCCAGAUCAGCUGGACAGGAGGAACCCAAGCAGAAGAAGACAGUGGAUCUGUUUGGAGGAGGUGAUGAGGAUGGUGACAUCUUCGGUGACAGCUCCGGUGUUCUGCCCCCUCUACAGAGCAGGAGGGAGGUGGUGGAGGAGGAGGAAGUACAGGUGAAACAGGCUCCUCAGAAAAAGAUGCCAGCAGGAGGUGUCUCCAUGUUUGGUCCUGGUACCAAGAGCCUGCUGACUGAGACACUAAAGAAACGACGGCCCUCCACCAGUGAAGAGUCAGAGGAGAUAUGUCCAACCAUCCCUAAGAGUCAGUCCAAGCCUGAACCGACACUUCAGAGCAAAGCUCUUCUGUCCAUAUUUGUUGACGAGGAGGAUGAGGAUCUGUUUGUGUCUGCGAAGAAGUCUAAGUCAAGCCAAACUGAAGAUGUCACACCACAAGUCAAGAAUCAUGUCUCUAGCGCCCUCUUCAGUGAUGACGAGGACCAUUGGAUGAGCUCCAAGCAUAGUGCAGGAAAGACUGGAGGGAUGAAGUCCAGUGAAAGCGCACCCUAUAGUCUACCCAGUGUCAAAGCAGAUCCUUUCGACAGCCUGUUCGAUGAGGAUGAUCUCUUUGCUGCUACCAAGGAGUUGAGUCAGAAGAAGCCACAGAGAGUGUCUCUCCAGUUUGAAGAUGAGACUGAGGAUGGUGAAGAUAAGGGAUCUCUCUUUGACUUCAAACCAGCCAUCAACAACAGCUCUACUCUAGCUGACCCUAAAGCUGCUGCUGUGGCCUCCCCAGCCCCCUCGCUGGUCCACACAGACAAACCUGAGGAGGUGACGGCACCUCCUCCCCCAGUGGAGAAGAGGCGUGCAGAGGAGAGGGCAGCGAAGGGUCCUGAUGUACAGCCCCUGUCCUCUCCACUAGAGGGCAGUGAGAGUAAGAAGAAGCCAGUAGGGGCCGUCAGUCUGUUUGGAGGGAUCAACGUGCUGGGAGACGGACUGGGAGCAGCCAAGCCUACAGAGGAGCGUCCUCAUACCAAGAGCAGUACCGGGGUGUUCCAGGAUGAGGAACUGCUCUUCAGUCACACUCAGCAGAGAGACAACCACCCCGACGUUGACAUCUUCGCCACGCCUGACAAGUCUGUGAAGCCGGCACCAAGCUCUGUAAAAUCUCAACCGCCUUCGUCACGGAUUGGAAAACUCCAAACCAACCUGGUGAUCAACCCUGCUGCCCUCCUGCCUAGAGUGUCCCCUUGGAUCCUAGGGGGGGUCAGUGGACUACCAGGCCUGAGCCCCAGCUCCUCAGGCCUCAGUCCCAGUACAGCAUGGACCCAGUCCCCCAGCGACGGAGGGCUUAGCUUCGACCACCCUGUCCAGGUGUCUGUGCUACAGUGUGCCAACAAGGGUCGAGCUAAAGGCUCCAUCUGCCGCAGGCCCCAGACCAGGGCAGCACGGCAGAUGUCAGCUCAGAGCUCGAAUAACCAGGGAGAGGACCGGGCCGGACACAGCCCAACCCUACCUCAUCCAACCCAGCCUAGUUUGGCACUACUUAACCCAAUCCAGCCUAGCCUGGCACUACCUAACCUAACCCUGCCCAGGCCUAGUCUACCCAACCAAGCCCUAACCACUGCCUUACCCUCCUUCUUACCUGCCUCUUUACCCUCCCAACCCCCGCUCACUGAUGUCUCUGUCAGACCGGCAGUUCUAACACUACCAGUGUCCAACACCCCUCUAAAGAGAGACUUUUCUAAGGGUAGCAAGGUGAAGGUGCUGCCCUCUCCCGACGAGGCUGACCUGUUUGGGUCUGUCCCUGCCCUAGCCCCAGUCCCCAAACUCACCGCAAAGACUACGGAGGGUGAGUUGACACCGAAGAAGGAGAAAGAAGGGACCCCUCCGUCCCUCUUUGACGACCCCAUGGGUGACCUGUUCCAGAACGUCAAGCCGAGGUCUGCGAUGAAGGCAAAGGCCUCUUCUUUCCUGGAGGAUGAGGACGAUGAAGAGUAUAUCUUUGUGCUGGGAAAGAGCUCUACUCCCACUACUAAAAUGACUGCCGGGGGGAAAGUCACUAAGGCAGGGAGCAACUCUACUCCCAAACAGGACCUUUUCCAGGAUGAAGCGGCGACGACCCCCAAAGCUCACAAAGACAAAUCCCUGGAUGCCAGCCUGUUUGACGACAACGUUGACAUCUUUGCUGAUUUGACGGCCACUUCAAAACCAAAAGAGAAGAAGUCCAAGAAGGCGGAGACUAAAUCCAUAUUUCAUGAUGAUAUGGAUGACGUCUUCUCUCCCAGCACUGUGAAGCCAAUGGCCAAGCAGCCUCCAUCUAAGUCCAGGAAAAGCCCUCCCUCCCAGGACACCAGUGCAUCGGACGGCUUGGGCAACAUCUUCGACCACCCUCACGAUGCUCUGGGUGGGAACUGAACCGUGGACUGUUCCUGAUGAACUAAAGCUUUGUUUGAGUCCCAAAUGGCACUGUAUUCCGUAGAUGGUUCAUUACUUUUGACCAGGGCUCAUAGGGUGUGCACUAUGUGGGGAAUAGGGUGCCAUUUGGGAUGCGGUCCCUAACUGUAGAAUUGUGCAGAAAACGUUGUUGUUUUGGAGGACUGAAAAAGGGGUUGGAGAUAUUAACACUGUUCUUAUAGAGACUAUUUCUAUAAAAACAAUCCAUCGAUCGGCAUAACCUCGGAUGGAAAAAGGGGAUGAUUCUGAUACUCAUCUCUGAUUGAUAACAAGUAACUAUUUGUCUUUAUUUAAUGUCCAUGGUAGCAGGACUUAGCCAUCAUUAGGACAGCUGCUAAUAAAGAAAUAGUAAAUUAUUUAUACAUGUAGUUGAGUUCUGGGUAUGUGGUUUAGCAUUGCCAUUCUGAGAUUACAUGUCACCAUCGGGCUGUGUCAUAUCACCGUUAUGAAAUCAUUGUUUUUGUCUUUCAAUUAAUAUGAAAUUGUUACAUUUGUAAACUUUGCCUGUGAUAAAUGACAGAUUUUUUUUUUUUAAGAAUUAAAAUAAUAUUUUGCUAAAU